AUGUCGCAUUGCCUGGGCAGACAGUCCUGGGAGACACCUAUCGGAGCUGUGGCCGAGUCGUCCUUGGAGGUCUUAGAAGCUUGGCCAUUGGAUAGGAAAAGGAUGGAAAAGGGGGAAGACUUGCAGACUGGAAUCCAGAUCCAACUUUUUGAUUUCGCCAUGGUGAAGCCAUGGCGAUUGAAGGAGCUGUCGGAUCAUCAGCCUUGCCAUGCCAUGCACCGUCGCGGUGAUAACUUCGGAGAGGAGUUGGGUCAGUGGUGGUGGUGUUGUGCAGCUCUAGGAGAUCGAUUGGCACGUUUGGACAAGGCUGCCACCUUGGACCGCGGUUGUUGGGGUGAAGCCUUCCACUUUGUGGAACGAGCAGCGGAGAGGAUCAUUUGGAGAGGUCUUCUUUUUGACGAAAUUGAGACAGAGGUUCCCAUCCUGCAGGACCCGGGUCUCAGCUACGAGGCGUGCCCUGCUGCUGUGCUUUUAGCCGUGCUGAGCUGCGGGGCCCGAGCUGCUGCAGCACGACAUCACGCGCUGCUGGAGCAAUGGAACGAAGCCUUUGCUGUUUGGAACAGUCUGCCCUGGACGAGAUCUCUGGUGUGGUACAACCUGCAGGAUCCCUUAGUGCGUUCCGGGAUGUAUGCCGCCGUCUCCCAGAACAAGGCGUUGGAUGUGCAUGUGCAAUGCCAUCAGCAUAGUGGUGCAUCAAUUCUGGCUGAGCAAAGCGGCCGCCAAUCCUCGGCCGUCGACACCUGCACCAGUGGCCCCUUGGCCAGUGGAUCGGAGACCAUUUGCUUAGAUCACGCAGCAAGUGGCUCCAUGGCACCUUUUGGCAUUUGGGAGCGGAAUUUGGAGCCUGUCUUCUCUGAGAGCUUGAAGGACCCAGUGCUUGAACGCAUCUUUGGACUUAUUGGCGUCACCAGUGGAUACUAUGUGGAAGUUGGUACCCAGUCCGGCGAGCAGUGCAACACCCGAUACCUACGUGUUCGCUAUGGAUUUUCAGGGUUGAUGGUCGAUGACAACUUUCGGAACCCCAAUGUCAAUCAGAAACGGCGAUUUGUAACCCCUGCGAAUGUGGUGGAGAUCUUCCAUGAGAACGAUGUGCCAAAAGACUUUGAUAUGCUUUCACUUGACACGGAUGGCUUUGAGUGGCUCUUGUGGCUGAAACUGCAGAAGGCUGGUUUCAGCCCUCGUUUGGUGGUGCUAGAAUAUGGUGAGAACCUGCCAUUCAUGGAUGAUGUUUUGGUUCGCUACACGACUCUUCCGAUUCAUCGCCUUUGCCUUUCACAGCUUCAGCAAUUUCCACGCAUUUCGGGUGGCAGCAUCUACAGCCUUUUGCAGCUGGGCAUGGCCUGGGGUUAUCGUUUGAUCCACAUCGUAGCAUGUGGCACCAGUGACUUGAUUUUUGUGCGGAAGGAUGUUCUGGAGGCCUCUGGCGUAACAUUUCCGGCGCAAGAUGAUGCAGAGGGCCUUUGUGCCUUAGCCACCUACCAGUGCCAGGCUAAGUGUGUCAGACAGUGGCCCAAAGCGAAGCCAGAUAAGGCCGCCUUCACCACGGCAGCCAAAGUGCUGCAAGGAGACUUUGAAUUUCGCCAGGUUUGGGGCCAUGAAAGGCAAGGGUCAAGCAUAGGUAAAAAGUAUCCUGAUUUGAAAGCAUUUGGCAUGGUGGAGCAGAGAAAGAGAACUAAAGAGAUCGGGAGUAACUCCGAUCUGAAGGACGUUGAGAUUCUGGGUGCGGGUUUUGCCAUGGGAAAUCAUGUGGCGUGCUGCGGCCAUGGUGCGGUCACAGAACCUGAGGUUGGCCCAGGACCCCCACCAAAGCCUCAGGAGGAGGAAACGGUGGAAAUUUCUCCAAAAGGAGUUAUUGAGGAGGCGAAGGCUAAAGAUGUAGAAGAGAUGCCGCCUUCGCCCACCUCUCCCACCAGCCAAGAAAAGAGGCAGCAAUUUGGAAGUCGAGUUGUUUCCUCCUGUAGUUUGCAGGGCAUUCAUAUCGAUGAAGACGGAGGAGGUGUGAAGAUUGAUGGGGGGAGAUUGAGGAAAGAAAUGGGGAUCUCCUAUAUGAAGCGGCUUGCUGCUUCCAGGGCACCAUGGCCCAGCUGGGAGUUCAAGCAAGAGCAGGACCAGUUCAGUUUCUGCAACCACACCAUGCUGGGAGACAUCCGGGAAGAGUUUGUUGCAGAUGGCACUCCGUAUUCCACCGUGGAUGGGCACAAGCAGACAUUGGAGUGUGCAGCUAUAUGGGAGGGUUCAACCUUGGUCAUUGAACGCUGUGGCCCUCAAGGACGUUUCCGUGAGGAGCGAUCAAUUGAUGAGAAAGGGCAGCUACAUUUCAAGCUGCAAGGAAUGGAAGAAAAAAGCAUUGCCUGGGGUCGAACCUUCAAGCGUAAGGGUCUCUUGGAUGACUGGGCAUGA